AUGCACCAGAAGCCUAAAAGGUAUGUUCCCGGGCCCGGAGAACCGGCACUACCUCCGCAGCUUUCAGAAUUUCAGAAUAAAACCACUGAUGAAGUACUCGAUGAGCUAAAUCGGAUGCCAUUUUUUAUGAAGACUCUCGAUGAUACCGACGGGGAAGGCGGUCAGAAUAAUGAACUUGAGGCUUUGAAGGCUUUGGCUUAUGAAGGCGAACCUCAUGAAGUUGCAGAAAACUUCAAGAAUCAAGGGAAUGAUCUUUAUAAAGUAAAACGAUAUCGCGAAGCCAGGGAAAUGUACACCAAAGGAGUUGAGAUCGACUGUAACGAUUCCAAGAUCAAUGAAUCACUAUACUCCAAUCGUGCUGCGUGUGAACUUGAGCUCAAAAAUUUCAGGCGGUGUAUCGAUGAUUGCAAAUCUGCCCUUACAUUCAACUCUAAGAACAUUAAAUGUUAUUACCGCGUGGCAAGGGCUUUUUACAGUCUUGAAAGACAUGACGAUGCGAAGCAAGCCGUCAAUUUUGGGCUACAAAUAGAACCGGAAAAUGCUGGCCUCAAGGCACUCUCAGAGAAGAUUACCAAACGUGUCGAGGAGAUCGCAGUCUAUGAAACUAGGAAACUUAAAGAAGAAAAAGAGAGAGAACGUUUAAGUACUAUACUAGAGGCAUCUUUGAUUUUGCGCAAUUUUAAAAAUGUAGAGACAACCAGCCGACCAGAGUUUUUAGAUGAAGCCAAGUUGCACCUAGAAGAUGGAAACGACGUACAAUCUCAACUCAUUUUUCCAGCCAUGGUUUUCUACCCUACUAGCGACGAGUUCGACUUUGUUGGUGCUGUUGGAGAAUUGAGCACACCCGACGAUCUCUUGAACAUGCUAUUGCAAAGGCCGCCGGAAUGGUUCGAACAGCCCAAUCAUAAGGAUUUUACCGCGAAGAAGCUGCUUGCAUUUGCGGAGACAGAAAGCGGUGGUCUGAUCAAGAUAGGUAAGAAAGUCAAUUUCCACGAGGUCCUCAAAAUGCAGCAACCUGUCGUUCCUCUGUUUGACAAGUCCCUAAGAAUAUAUUUCGUACCAAAAACUCUGAGUGAAGAUUGGCUUGCGACGUGGGACAAAUCUGAAGCCAUAAAAAAGCGUAAAUAA